AUGUCUUCCUCCAUGCGAACGAUUCUCAUCAUUGGCGGCACCUCAGGCAUCGGCGAGGCGUUCGCCAAACGAUGGCACUCCGCAGGCAAGAAACUCGUCCUCACCGGCCGGCGCGAAGCACGCCUCAAAGAACUCGAGGCUGAACUCCCCGGAACGAGGACCUACGCCUUCGACAUCACCGAUCUGAAAGCCGUCCCAGGCCACGUCAAAGCACUCUUCGAGAAAAACCCAGACAUCGACACCGUGUGGAUCAACAGCGGCAAGGGCAACCUGUACUCCAUCAAGGACCCGUCGUCGUUCCCUGACGAAGCGGUCAUCGAUGAGAUCAACACCAACAUCACCGGACCUAUGAUCAUCGCCCGCCACACAAUUCCCAAAUUGUUGGCGAAGAGCACGCCGACGAACUUCUUGAUCACUAGCUCAGGCCUUGGGUACGCUCCUAAUGGGACCUUUCCCACGUACCCGCCCGGCAAGGCCUUCAUUCACCACUACAUGGCGGGAAUCCGCGGUGCGUUGAAGGACACAAAUGUCAAUGUCAUCGAGAUCGUCCCGCCUAUGGUCCGGACGGACUUCCACCAGCAGUACAGCGAAGUCUCGAAGGGUAUUCCAUGCAUGAGCCUCGAGGAUUUCGUCAAUGAUACGUUCAAGCAGCUGGAUGGCAACAAGGCGGAGGAUUUGAAGGAGGUGGCCGCUGGGUCGGCGCAGGAACGUGUGGAUUUCUGGAGAGCGGGGCCGGGGAAGUAUAUGGAGAAGAUGAAGAUCCCGGGUUGA